GUGGUCUUUAACGCGUCUGACAUCCCUAUCGAUUAAUUUCAUGACCUUGCAUGACCGACCUUCGAUGGAUGUGCUGAAAUACGUCCUUACAUUGAACGCAGAGACUCUGGAAAAGCUCGAGAUCCAAGGCGCCAUUCAGCGGUUUGGGAGGCUACCCUGUAACGCGGACGAGUUGCCGACGAACUUGCCGAGGCUCACAGAUCUUACGCUCGGUUAUCUAUCCCAGUGGGAAGCCAUAAUUAUUUUCCUUCACUUCGAGGCGCCUGCGCUGAAGCACCUCAAGUUAUGUGAUGUCUCUCGCUCAAUUCUUACUCGGCACUUCAAAGACGGAUUCGACUCGAACAGCCUGAUCAUCCAGAACAUGCCUGCCCUUCAACCCUUUAACGAGUUUUCUUCUACGAUCCUCCUCGAACAUCUGGUUUAUGUGUGUUCACUACUCGAACAAAUUGAAACGCUCGCACUUGAAAAUUUUAGUCUACCACCUUUGGUCUCCGAUCUCUUCCGGCAAGACAACGACCCUCUGAAAAAUUUGCACGAGGCUCCUGUUUUUCUGGCUUACCGCAUGUUACAGAAAUGCUUGCGACUUCGACACCUCGCUCUCAUCGACCCGGAGCAGUGUUUCCUCGAUGCACUCAAUAUGUAUUCCGACGAUCCAGAAACCAGCAGCCCGGCCCCUGUGCUUACCCACUUGUGUCUUGCUUCGUCUGAUUGUGACCACCUGAAGCUCUUUUUGGAGCGAAGGGUGGAAAACCUUGCGAAGGAACAUGGUCCACGUAUUUUGGACUAUCUUGAACUGGCGACAGCGAAAAAAGAUCUGCAUGUGUUGGAGGAUAUCGUAUCGCAGCAUAUUGAUAUGAGCUGUAUUGCAAAGAGUUCGCUGGCGGCUGAAUGGCAUGGAAGCUGCCCUUCCAAAUGUACUUAG